AUGGGAGGAACCCAGGAUGCGACCUUCCGGGAUGCUCAAGGGCUUGAGCUUGAGCUUCAGCUUCCUCGAUCGCUUGGAUUGACCUCUGCUCCUCCCUGCAGCUUCUUGACCUCCCCAGUUGUUGAGAUUGUGGUCGGAGAAGGCGGCAAUCAGACGGUUUUAACUGCCCACCAAACCCUCCUCCUGGAAUCGCCGUUGCUCGCGACAUUGGUAGAAAAGUUUGAAGUAUCGGGACCACGACGGAUCAAACUACCGGAAGAGGACGUCGAUGCUUUCGGUUUGUUUUUUACAUUUCCAAUACACGCGCGAUUACAGCGUCCACAGCACGAGUCUUCCACAGACCCUGCAGUAGGUGAUGGCUCCAAGAAUUUGCUCCGCCAUGCGCGAGUCUACACAUUGGCCGACAAGCUGGGGCUGCAAGCAUUGAAGAGUCUUGCCCAUAGCAAGAUCCAUAAGGUCAAGAGCUCGUCCCAUGCAGAGUAUCUGUAUGCUCGCUAUGUCUACACCAAUAUCCCCGCCCCAGACACAACGAUUCGAAAGCCAGUUGCCUCCUACUGGGCCAGCCACAGCCAUACAUUACGCCGUGAAAUUGAUGAUGACUUCAAGAAACUCUGUAUUGAGGUGCCGGAAUUCUCUUUCGAUGUCUUGACUAUAAUCCUGGACCGGAAGGAUAAGCAGAUACCGUCCGACGAGAUCAAGGGGAGUGCGCGCAAGCGCAGAAGUGAUCUAUGA